GAGCCAGAACGCAGGAGGUCGAGCGCACACUAUGAUUAUCCCCGUUCGUUGUUUUACCUGCGGAAAGGUGAUUGGAAACAAAUGGGACACGUAUCUGGACCUUCUGCAGGCUGACUACAGCGAAGGUGAUGCUCUGGAUGCUUUGGGGUUGGUUAGAUAUUGCUGUAGAAGAAUGCUUAUGACCCAUGUUGACCUCAUUGAGAAGCUUUUGAACUACAACUCUCUGGAGAAAUCUGAGCCCAGUUAAGAAAGCAUAUGGAAUCAUGGAUGAACCUGAUGUUGUCUGUGCUUCUUUACGUCAAGUAAUGUGCAAUGAAUGUUGUCGCUUUUGUUUUCUUCUUCAAAUUGUUCAGUGUCUGGUCAGGUAGGUUUAGGAGUAGGAUUGGUCAGGUCAUUUGUGUAAUAUAAAAGCUAUCUUAGAAGACAAAUACUAUGGUAAUAUGAGGUAUACUAUGGUACUAUUUAUCAGUGUGAUUUGAAUAUGUCUCUGAUAUUAGUUAAUGUACUAUGUAUAAUGACUAAGAAGACAAAUACAGAUGAGUGUAUGUUGCAAAGUAGAGUUUAUCAGAACUCAAAAAUGAUCAAGAUUAUCUUAGCAGAGGGGCUUCC